CCUGAAACAGCAAGACGAAGGCACCCGGGCUACAUUGGACCUCCUCACCAGCAUUUUCGAGAUGCUCGCGGAGAAUUCGAUCGUCAAGAGCAGCUGCCGGUUACACUUUCGCCAGCUGCUGCGGAAGUUCUUCAAGGUUCACUGCCCUAGUCCUCAAGCAUCAGGUGCACUUUUUAAGUGGUCUGUGGCUGCUGCACCUGGGUGUCGACUGCAGUGCUUCUAGCUGACGAUUCCCAGGGGAUGCCAACUACCCACCAUAAAGAGAGGCUUCAGUCACUGGCCCUUGCAGUUUCGGUUCAGUUGUUGCGAGAGGCGGAGGACGUCAAGUGGAUCCUGUCUGAAAAGAACCUGGUGUUCCUGUCCAUCAUCCUGUCGCUGCUGUCACCGACACAAGGAAUUCGAGAUCUGGCUGUCAGCUUGGUGGAGGCAUCGGUGGCCUGUUCCCACAAGGGACACAGUGGACUCCAUUCCCUCUUUCAGCUGAUUACGAAACACGCUGCUGACAUAUCUGUGGGCACAAAGAAGCUGGUGAAGCUCGUAGCUUCUUGGGACAUCACUCUGAAGAAGCCGAACACAUUGCUGGUGCUGCUGAACCACGAACAGGUUCCCGUCACGAUGAAGUUCGGCAUACUGAAACUGGUGUCACGCAUCGAGACCAAGGCCAUGCUGGAGGCGGCUGUGAAAGUGAUCACAACGAUGCUGGGUCCCGAAGCUCGCGAUGUCGCACCCACGUCACCACUACCUGCUGCCGAGGCACGUCUGCUCGAGGCUUGCUUUGCAAAGUACAACUUGGCCGCAGUUGAUCGACUGGUCGACGUCGAAGGAGCUGUAGAGACAUUGGAAAAUGCGCUGCGCAGCACCAGGACAUGUGAGGGCAGUGAUUCAGUAGCCACCAUGGCGCUCCAAGUGGUGAACAAGGAUGUGGUGAAGAAACUUCCCCAAGAAAACCAGGUGGCGCUGCUCGACACUCUUGUUGACCUGGCCCUUGACACGCCGCCCUCCGUUCAGCAUUCGGCAGUGCUUAGAGCAUUGCGCAAGGUGUGUUCCUUUGGUAGCCUUCUCGUGGAACCUCUGCAGAGGACUAGCACGUCUCGACAGAGCCCAGCCAAGACGGUUCGGGAAGCCAAGAAGAUGAGGUUGAUGGAUGCGUCGGAAGAGCAGGACCCAGCCGAGUCACCCCAGUGGAAGCGCAUCCUUAUCCUGCUGGAGAUGAUCCAGAGCCGAAGGUCGAUUGAAGACGUCUCGCGUCUCGUGGCCCCCUUGUAUGCCCUGCUCAAGAGGAGCCUAGAGCUGGACCAGUCGCCACACGCCGAAUACCUGCGCCAGUGCGUGCUGACGUCCCUGCAGGCACACGGCCUGUCUGCGCCACGGCACGAGCUGGCCACCCUUGUGAAGUGCCUGCGGCAUUCGCAGAGCUCACAGGCCCAGCAGCUCUCUUUGGUGCUGCUAAACCUCGCCGCCCAGAAGUACCCCGAGGAAGUUCUGCACAACGUAACCUCGGUGUUCACCUUCAUGGGGGCCAACCUUCUGCGACUGGACGACAACUACAGCUUCCAGACGGUCAUGCAGACGGUUGAAACGGUCGUGCCUGCUCUGCUUCAGGCUUGCGCUGGCGAGAGCAAGUCGGCCGAGGCCUCGGAAAGUGCGGUGUCAUCGGUGACCCGUGUGUUUGUCGGGGCCUUCCUGGACAUUCCCGAGCACAGGCGAUUACCCCUGUUCACAAAGCUGGCCACAACCCUGGGUGCUAGCGACCAUCUCUGGGUCCUGGCUGCACAGAUGGGCGAACACCAUGUCACAAAGAUGGUGGCCGCCAUGGAGACAGAUGAGUCUACAUCAAACAUCCUUGAAUUUGGCCUGUCCCUGUGUGGCCAGUUCGAGGUGCCCGUGCAGAUGCAGACUAUGACACACCUGCUCAAUUUUGCUGCCACCUUGCCUGCUGUGAAAGAUAACAGCAAUGAGCCCCCAAGCCACUCCGAAGUGUUUGACCUGCGGCUUUACUCGGACAAGCAGCUGCAAAGGUUCCGACUAAGUGUUACCAACUUUGUGGCCGAUCUUCUGGGCUCGUCAACCUUCCUUGGCCAGAUGGCAGCACUGCAAGGGGGUAAGGGAGAUCAGGGCACAACAGAGGCCCUCUGCGGGCCUUGCCUGUCGGCUUGCUUGCAGUUCGUGCAGCAUGUAAGCCGCUGGAGCCAUAACCCGACAAAGACCCUCUACCAGGAGCGUGCCUGGAAGGCCUUAUUGUCAAAGCUUCACGACAUUGUUCACAAGGUGAAUGGGCUGCUCCCGAGCGGGCAGUUUGUGUCGGUGGUUCGGUCGCUGAUGUGCCACGAGCUGUCGUCCAUCCGGCGCAGUGCCAUGGACAUGCUGAAUGAGAAGUUGGCCGCCAAGAUUACUUUGCAGAGGAGGAUACGCAGUCCUUGUUGGAGCUGGUUCCCACGCUGCUGCAAAUGGCUCGUGGCAAAUCAUCGUCCACCGUGCCAGUGGCGCCAGCUGAUGGGGACAAAACGUCUCAAGCCACUUCCAGUGAGGAAGCAGCGCUCAACCGCCAAACGGCACUCUUGUCACUCAAGCUUCUGAUCCGGACACUGGGCGCCGAGCAUCGUGAUGCUUUUGCCGAGGUGUACGACUUGGCUCACCAGCUGCUGUCCGACGAGCGGUUGAACCCCCUGCUGAUGAGCAGUGCACUGCUGUGCUUCGCUGAACUGUGCCACAGCCUGCCGACGCCCACCAUUGCUCACUUUGGCCGUCUCAUGCCGC